UGCAAUACAAAAACAAAUAGUCUUCAAUGCUCACUUCACACUUCACAACCAAAAACACACCUAAUAGUAAUAAUAUUGUUCCAGCACUAAUAAGAUAAUGACCAAUCGGUGACCUUUUUAUUGACGGUUAUUUUUCUUUGUAAUGAUACAAUCAUGUUGCAAACUAACAAGUGUAUCAUAUGAUCGAUCAUUUAACAAAAGAGCUCGACAGUUUUCUCAAAAUCACCAUGACUUACUAAAUCAUCGUAGCAAAGUGUGUUUCCUCCCAAUUCCCAUCCAACGGCGCAGAGGUCUCCUUCCUUUUAUUCUCUCUAUUAUUAUCAAUUUCUUUAAACGGGGUUUUCACUAAAAUGGAAUUUUAAUCUGUUUAUUUAAAAAUAUAAUAAUAAUAAUGUUAGUUGAGUAAUUAACUAAGGAAAAAAAAAAAAUAGGCGACCGUGUCCAAGAAUCUCCUCCUACCUCUGCUCUGUUUUUUUGGUUGUCUCAUGAGUAAUCUCCUUCUUCUUCCUCCUUCCUCCUAAUUAGUUCCUUUCUUAAUUACAAAACAAAAUUUUCCCUUAAUACUUAUCGAUCACACAGUUCCCUGCAUUGUUCCCCUACACACUGCGUCGUCUUCCACCCGUCUCUUUCUCUCCCUUUCCCCCUUUGUAAGUCUCGCUCAAUCCCUCUCUACGUGAUUUGGUGUCGUGUGGUUUUCUCACACCUAAAUCUUGUGGAUUAGUUAACUGUCGGUAUAAAAAUUAUUCUGUUUCAGGAAUAUUUAUUGUUAUUGAAUUUGAUUCUUUUUGUCGCCAUUGAGGGGUUCCGGUUGAAGAGGAAGGGAUUAGUGAUGGAUUGAUUGACAGUUCUUUUUCUUUCCUUUCUGGGUUCAGUUUGGUGCGGCGAUUCUGGGCGUAAGCAAAGAAGGUAUUUGUUAUUUUGUUUCCAAGUUUCGUUUUUGAUGUGCUCGUGUGAUACUGUGGUAAAAUGGGUUUUGUUUGGUUGCUGAGAAAGGGCAGGAAAAUGUGGUGUCUCAUGAGGGAGUUUUUCUUCUCUUUUGAUAUUUUUGUUGGUUACCCUCUGCAAAGAGUGAAUUUGAUUCUGAAUUCUGUGCUCAUUGUCCGACUUUUGCUGCCUUGUCACUGAGUGACUGUUGUUCAACUUCCAACUUCAAUAAAUUCUGCCAGCUUGAAUUUGUGAUUUUAAGUUCCUGAUACUUCAGAGAUGUAUUGUCAUGAUUCUUGGGUUCUUGUUUUUUUUUCUCUUCUUUUCCACUCGUAAAUGAAUCUCCUUGCAUUGAUUAAAUUUCAUAAACCAAGGUGUUUUUGUAUUGAGAAUCUUGGUUUCUGUCGUCCUGUUCUAAGCUUUGGGUGGUGUUGCUGUUCUCAGCCAUUAACUAUAGGUACCCAAAACCUUUGAUUGCUGGAGAUGGCCAGUGGGAGCAACAUAGAUAUGCUGCCAAUCCUGGAUGAUCGUCUACAAGACUCCAAUGUGAGUUUGGAGCAACGAUUGCAGAGUGAACUAAACCUCAUGCUUCGGGCUCAGCGGAAUAAUCAACGCAUGGUUGAUCGAGAGAGGGAUCUUAAUAUGUAUAGGAGCGGGAGUGCACCACCGACAGUUGAGGGAUCGUUACGUGCUGUGGGGAGUCUUUUUCAGAACUCCAAUAUAAAUGGCAUUAAUAAUAAUGGUUUUGGCAAUAGUAGCAGCGCUAGUAAUAAUGCGCUGAUGACAGAAGAUGAAAUCAGGUUGCACCCAGCAUAUCUUUCAUAUUAUUAUUCUAAUGAUAACAUAAAUCCUAGACUACCACCUCCCUUGUUAUCGAAAGAGGAUUGGCGUGCUGCACAACGGUUUCAGGCUGCUGGGUCUUCCUUUGGAGGCAUUGGAGACCUGAGGAAGAACAAUCUGGUUGGUGAUGGGGAUAGUUCAUCUUUGUUCUCUAUGCAGCCAGGACUUUCUGCACAGAAUGCUGAGAAGGAAUUAAUGGAACUAAGAAAUGCUAAUAGAACCAAUUUCAGCAGACAAACUGCUGGUGUAUGGCCAGACAACAACUCAGAUGGUCUAACUGGAUUGCAGGGCUCUGGGAUUGGGACAAGGAGGAAAAGCUUUGCUGACAUUCUGCAGGAAGGACUCGAUCAGUCUCCUUCCAUGUCAGGCCAUUUGUCACGACCUGCAAGUCAUAGUGCUUUUGGUGAUCUUGUCAAUACAACUGUGUUAUCUGAUCCCAUUGCAGCUGGGUUGACAAAUGGAAUGGAGUCAAUAGACCGUAGGAAAGCAGGAACACCUCCUCCUGGAUUUGGCGGGCUUCAAAGCCCUGGUACUAGUGUUUCUCCUUCUUUUGCAUCUGCCGUGGGUGCAUCAUUAUCAAGAAGCACAACCCCUGAACAGAGGUUGUUGGGUGGGAGACCCCCUACUCCCGGUCUUCCUCCUGCUGGAAACAGAGUUAGCCCUGUUGAGAAGAAUAUUUCUGCUGUUGGUUCAAGUCUACCGAAUGGCCAUUCGACUGGCUUGAGUGAUUUAGGUGAAAUUACAGCUGCACUAUCUGGUUUAGGGCUCUCACAUUCUAGACAUACAGAUCAAGAUAGUGUUUUACAAGGCCGGACUCAACUUGAUAGGCAAGCUGGAGAUAUGUCCAAUGGUCAAAAUCGAAGUUUACAGCAUUCUGAGAAUUUCCCAUUAUCUUCUGAUUAUAUUAAUAUGGCUAGUAAAAUAGGAGUCCUCUCGAAUUUCGAUGGUUCUUUUGUUAACUCGAAUGGAGAAGUUCGCAUUCCUAAAAGAACUUCUUCCUCUGCAAAUCUUCACUCGACCGUAAGUUCCUCAGGCCUUGGAAGCUUGGAAGGUGCAGAUUUUCGAUAUCAAAAUAUGAAUAUUCCAAGUUCAGCGCUAGAUGGUAGUACAAUUGCACAAAGUUUGAAUAGACUGGGGAGUCAAGCAGGGUCUGAUCUUCAUUCUCCCUCUACGGAUCUUCAUUAUGCUCAGUACAUGCGUAGAUCACCGGAUUAUUCAAACCAUACAUCAGCUGGUUCAAGUGGUCCUCAGUUUAGAAAUUAUUUAGGCAAGUCACAUGGAGACCUUAAUGAUAUUCAGAGAGCAUACCUUGAGCUGAUGCUUGCUCAACAGCAGCAAGAAUAUGAUCUGCCACUUUCUCGAAAUCUUCAUAAUGAGCGAGUUGCACACUUUGCUUCCAUGAUGAGAAGCUCAAUGGGAGGUUCUAUUGGCUCAUGGCAUUCUGAUAUUGGUGGGAAUGGUGAAAGAAGAUAUGGCUCAUCUUUACUUGACGAGUUUAAGAGCAACAAGACCAGGUCCUUUGAACUCUUAGAUAUUGUGGGUCACGUUGUUGAAUUCAGUACGGAUCAGUAUGGCAGUCGGUUUAUUCAGCAGAAACUAGAAACUGCUACAAGUGAAGAGAAGGACAAGAUAUUUCCUGAGAUCAUCCCUCAUGCUCGUACCUUAAUGACGGAUGUCUUCGGGAAUUAUGUUAUUCAGAAAUUCUUUGAGCAUGGAACUGAAGGCCAAAGGAUGGAGUUGGCUAGCCAGCUCACUGGUCAUGUCUUACCUCUCAGCCUCCAGAUGUAUGGAUGCAGGGUAAUCCAGAAGGCUUUGGAAGUGGUUGACAUGGGUCGGCAGACUGAAAUGGUGGCCGAGCUUGAUGGUUCAGUCAUGAAAUGUGUUCGUGAUCAGAAUGGUAAUCAUGUUAUCCAGAAGUGUAUAGAAUGUGUCGCUGAAGACAAAAUUCAGUUUAUCAUCUCCUCGUUUUAUGGACAAGUUGUGGCGCUUUCAACUCAUCCUUACGGCUGUCGUGUGAUUCAGCGGGUACUAGAGCACUGUAAGGACGAGAAUACACAGCAAGUUAUUAUGGACGAAGUCAUGCAAUCAGUAUGCACCUUAGCACAAGAUCAAUAUGGAAAUUAUGUUAUUCAGCACGUCCUUGAACAUGGUAAACCACACGAAAGAUCAGCCAUCAUCAACAAGCUUGCAGGACAAAUUGUGAAAAUGAGUCAACAGAAAUUUGCUUCCAACGUAGUAGAAAAGUGCUUAACUUUUGGUGGUCCUGAGGAGCGCCAAAUUUUGGUGAAUGAGAUGCUUGGUUCAACCGAUGAAAACGAGCCUUUGCAGGCCAUGAUGAAAGACCCAUUUGGGAACUACGUGGUCCAAAAGGUACUGGAGACGUGUGAUGAUCAGAGCCUUGAGUUAAUCCUUUCUCGAAUCAAGGUCCAUUUGAACGCCUUGAAGAGGUACACAUAUGGCAAACACAUUGUUUCCCGUGUUGAGAAGCUCAUCACAACUGGAGAGAGGCGCAUAGGAUUGUCAGCAUCGGUCUCCACAUAACAACUAGCUGAGGGAAUCUAGAGAAGGCAAAAAAAAUAACAAUAAUUCUUCACCACCCAGCACCAACACUGCUUAAAUAAGAACGGAGAACUGGAAGGCACAGCACAUCUGUACAGUACAGCAGCUAACAUGGGAAGUGAUCGAUUUUUCUCGAUAUCGCAUAUAUCAUCAUCAUCGUCGUCAUAUAUAUAGCAUCAUUAUGUUGGUAACUUUUCUUCUGCAUAGAAGACAUUUGUAAAUAAGAGAGAUGUCAGUUUUAGCAGGGGCUCGGCAGAAUAAGAAUCGAGGAUGGCUUUCCAUUGGAAAUAAUCUUUACAGUGUAUAUUCUUGAGCUCCUGAAGCAGAGAAUGUUGAAUUUAUGAUAUGAGACAGAGCUUGAGAAAUGAGAGAGAGAUGCAGGGACUUCUCAUAAAAGUAUAUAGUGAGUGAGUCAUCCCCCAGUUCUGUUUACAAAUAAUGUAAAGAUGAAGGCCUGAGUCUUUUUUGAGUGUAAAGAAGGGAGUAAAGGAGGUAGGGAAGGAAUGGUUCACAAACAAUGGAGUUCUUUUGGGCUGCUGGAGUGGGAAGAGAUGUUCAUUCUAUUUAUGAUAGUUUGAGGUAGCAUUUGUUUCAAGGUUUGGGUUAUUUUAUGUUGUUCCCCCUUCAUUGCAUCAUUUAAGGUUAUGCUGCCUUAUAUUUCACUUUAUCAUGCUCCUACCACCACUAGCCAUAUCAAGCCAACAUACGUGUGGUCCAAGUAAGACGGGUCACUCAGGGUAAAAGUUAAAACUGGUCCACUCAAGUUUACUUGAACGUUUCUUAGACUUGCACAAGUUACCUCGGCCUAGCUCUAGUUGCGCCUUAGGUUUGGGAGGGUCGUAAACACGGUUCAAGAUAGGGUGCAUAAUCUCCAUCAAUACCUAAAUCUGGACCUUUCAUUUAGAAAAUCCAGAUCUAAGAUAGAGAAUUAAAUGUCAUUUUUAUUGUCCUUAUCUUUUUUAAUAGGCUCAUAUCUUCUUCGUUUUAACUCGGAUUUUUUUUUUUUGCACAAAUGAAACGAGUUCAUUGUGCUCUAUAAAAUGAGAUCCAUUUUCAAUAUUUUUUUAGGAAAAAAAAAAUUCUUGCCUCUCGGUACCAACUGCAUACCAUAUGAUAUAUUCUUCGUUUUUAAUUCGUUUUUGAAAAACGUUUGCACAGAAGGAACGAGUUCAUCAUGAUCUAUUGGAUCUACAAAAUUCUGGGUGAACAAAUUACAGGACCAAAAAAUAUCACACAAUACCACCAUGGUACGAGGUGAUAUCUUGUGAUACACAUUGUUAAAAGUCGUAAAUGACGGUUAAUAUACUUCUACUAUCAUGUUUUCAACUAUCCUACAGUCUUGGUUUGUUCAUUCCACCAUGAUACGCUUUUCAAACCAUAGGUAUGCUCUUAUUUCAAUACCAGUCAAUACCAUAUGGUAUAGACUGGUAAAAAAUGGGUCAAAUUUUUUUGUUCGCAAAAUAUAUCAAAGUGGUUAUCAUUUUGAAGAACACAAUUAAUCUGAUCUAACUGUGUAAAAAAAAAAUUAAAUUUCGACUUAAAACGAGUGAGAAAUCGUCUGUCAAAGAUUAAGGAGGGAAAAAUUAAAGGUUUUCCAGGAGAGAAAGGGAUGCUGAUGUCAUGUUGAUGAGGACAGGUUACUCAUGAUUACUCACCAUAAGGUUACUGCCAAUAAACACCCCUCUUCAUUGCUAGUUAAUUAGGGCUGGCUAUUUGGUCCGCACUGUUUGGUUUUACCCGAAACCGGACCGUAUAACCCGGACCGGGACCGGACUGGGCCGGAUAGCAAACAAUCCAAUAUCAUAUUCGGGUUUAGAUUUGAGGUAAAAAAUCCGGAUAAAGACCGGAUAAGAGACCCCAACACUCAAAUCCCCACAAGCUCAAUCUAAAAUCAAGAUCAAAUUGGGAC